AUGAGAACAAAUGUCUGCCAACCACUUUUCUAUCGGGGAUGUGGUGGAAAUGAUAACCGAUUUGAUACAAGAGAGGAAUGUAGUGAUGCUUGUGUUCCUCAAAAAGCAGGAAAGAAGAAACUGAAAAUAGAUAAAAAAGAGAACGAAGAAGCAGAUCCAGAAGCUGUCGAAGAGGACGACGAAGAGGAUAGUGAGGAAGAAGAAGAAAUUGAGAAAGAUAUGAGUCUUAUGGUCAAUGUUUGUAAACUUCCCACCGAUGCAAAAAUUGACACAAAAGCUCAAAAGUGUGAUAAUGGUUGCCCAACUGGAUAUCGAUGCACAAAGAAAAACUUCUGUUGCCCAUACAAAGAUCAUGUUUGUGCACUUCCCGCUGCUUCUGGUUCGGAACGUCUUGCGUUCAAACACUACGGUAGAUACGCAUAUCAACCAGGACUUAAAAACUGUAUUAGAUUCUCAUAUUUUGGGCAAGGGGGCAAUUUUAAUAACUUUUUGACUUAUAAUGAUUGUAAAAAGUUUUGUAUGUCUUCUGAAUAA